AUGGCUGAUAUAGAUAAUUUUGAAAUGAUGGGUACUCAAGCAUCAAAUAUUCUGCAGGACAUCCCACCAAAACUGUCGCACCCUAAGGAUAUCGCCCUUCAGGGAAACCUUGGCCAUUUGUCACCGCUUCUCAGGCGCUAUUUUGGAUCAGAAAUACAUGGUUUCCUUGUUAGCGAGCUCCCACCUAUAUUUCGAAGCGAUUUAUGCCCAGCAUCUAUUUUAAAGCUCGUCUUCUGGUAUCAACAAGCCUGGCGGGAGUACCCAAAAGAUGUAAAAAGUUGUAUUAACUCUCCGACAGAGCUUGGUGACGUCCUUACUGCUAUUAAGAAGGCAUACUCAAGCGUUGAUCGCUUGUUACACAACGGGGUCCAUACGCCAGCUAUCAUCGCGCCUUUGAGCUCCCGGAAUAUUUCACAUCACAGCGUGUAUAAGUUUGUUCACGAAUUUCAACUACCGCUGCUUUCAAGCAAACACCGCAGACGGGUUGUUGUUAUCGCAUUGCCAACAGGUCCGAUUUUGGCUCUCGCUUGCCUUGCCGUUACAGCAUAUUAUACUGCAGCUCCCGUUUCUUCAACAGUCGGAUCCGAGCAAUUCAUGCAAGAAGUCCUCCAGUUAGAAGCGUCUGCAAUCUUGGCUAGAAAAGAAGACCUUGAAAAGCUAGAUAUAAAUGCGCCCUGGAUUUCGGAGGCUGGAAUUUCAGUUUUCGCCGUUGAGGAGAAUGAAGACCUCACUUUCAAGGUUUCCGUUGCUCGUGCGACAGAGCCCGACCCUACCUUUGAGAUGACACCAAAUUCUGCGGACGACAUUGCCUUAGUGCUAUUUACAAGCGGAACCAGUGGACAGAAGAAGAUCGUCCCCCUUACGCUUCAUACAAUUGUGACUGGAGUUGCAUUUGUUAUUGAAUCAUGGGGUUUGAAUAGUGAUCACCGUUGUCUAAACAUGAUGCCUCUUAAUCAUGUUGGUGGUUUGAUUAGAAAUUUGUUUGCUCCGAUAAUGGCUGGUGGCUCGACCAUCUGUUGCAGCGGAUUUGAUGCCAAUAUUUUCUGGGAUGUAGUGGAGAGUCAGAGCCCGACAUGGUAUUAUGCGUCACCCACAAUGCAUGCAGUGAUUCUCACCGAAGCUGAAGACCGUCCUGUUCCAUCACCCCAAUGCAAAAUAAAACUGAUUUGCAACGCCGCCGGCGGCCUGCUGCCGUCUUUAGCAAUACGAUUACAAAAUACCUUCAAGUGCACUAUUCUUCCAAGCUAUGGCAUGACAGAAUGCAUGCCCAUUGCUUCACCACCUCUAUCAUAUAAUUUAGAUCGCCCUGGUACUUCUGGCAAAAGCGUGGGCCCCGAUAUCGCCAUCAUGAACCUGUCAGACUCUAGCUGCUUACCUCCUAGAGAAACAGGGCGUAUUUGUGUGAGAGGUUUCCCGGUUUUUCCAGGAUAUCUUCUCUCGGAUGGGAUUGAUAAAUCCAGCCUCACUGAAGAUGGUUGGUUCGAUACAGGCGACUUGGGCUACCUCGACGAAGACGGCUACCUCUAUGUCACUGGUAGAGGCAAGGAAGUGAUAAACCGUGGUGGGGAGAUAAUUUCUCCCUUCGAAAUUGAGGAAGCCAUCUUAAAAGCAUCGCAGUCCCCCGAAUCCCCUAUUUUUGGCAGAAUUUCAGAUGUUUUAGCAUUUUCGAUCGGCCAUGACGUUUUACAAGAAGUUGUAGGCGUCGCACUAGUGGUACGGCCGGGAAAGCCUCGACCUGAUCUUCGACAGCUUCACCAAGCUCUCAAGCAACGUCUUCACCAUGCGAAGCUACCGGUUGGUAUAGUAUAUAUGGAUGCAUUGCCCAAGAACCGGGGAAAGAUUCUGCGAAUUCGAAUGGCUGAAAGAUUGGGCAUUCCCCAGUUCGCUGAUGGAAUGUUGGCGUCUGAGGUGUAUUAUGAGGCUGACUGCCCGCCUUUGGAUACUCCGAUCACCAAAAGCAUACCCAGUCGAUCGUGCAGUAUCGACCUCAAUGUCGUUCAAAACAGGCUUGAUAUGGAGUUGAGUGGGCGACUUGCUGCGUUUGUUUGUCGGCAGCAAAGUACUGGCCUUCCAAGGGCAAUUUUAUCCACAUACGUUGAAAAUCCACCACCCAACGCACAACUUAUUUUGCAGAACUUGGAAGCCCGCCUUCCAAACAUGCUAGAUGGAUACUUGAUCCCUCGUCGAAUUGAAUUCUUGGAGGGACCAGCACCACGAACUUCAGAGGGCCUAGUAGAUGAAAUCGCAUUAUUUGCUGCUCUGAAACCCGUCCUUAAGACUGACAGCGUCUCGUUUGUCGAGCGGAAAGUUCAAGCAGCAUUUUCUUCUAUUCUUGGCUGCCCUCUGGAGGAAAUCGGGAAAGACUCCGAUUUUUUCGAACUCGGCGGUGAUAGCCUAAAGGCAGGCAGACUAUUCUCGGUUCUUCGGAAAGAAUUGCAGAUUCAAUUUCCUAGCAGCGUCAUCUUUACCUGUAGCACUGUACGCGCAGUGUCUCGGCACAUCGAAGAAAUUCUCUCUGAAAAAGGUGAAAAAAGUGAGAUAGAACAUUCGGAAAAUCCCAUCUUUCCAGGAUGCGCCACAACUUGCAGCUCAACGAACCCUCUUCUACUGAUAAUCCAGUUAAUUCCUAUUGGACUGAUUUUCCCAUUACGCCUCGCUUUCCAAAAUCUAAUGUUCAUUUGGUUCCUGAGCGUCACAGUUCAACGAUGGCCUUGGCCGGAACUUAUUGUUAUGCGACUUCUUCAUUUAAUAGUAGCCAUCUUGGCUGCUCGCUGGGCUACGUACAUUAUUGCUCCAAUUGUUGCUAUAGCAAUCAAAUGGGUUGUUAUUGGGCGUUUCAAGCGGGGUUUAUAUCCCAUGUGGGGGUGCUAUCACACACGGUGGUGGUUUGUGCAUAAGACACUCUUGAUUGGUAGAAUGGGUAUCUUUAGCCAUUUCAAUUGGAGCAUUAAGCUCUAUUAUCGCCUAUUGGGCGCAAAGAUCGGUAAGGGGGUGACCAUAAACAAAAAGGCGACACUUGGUGAAUACGAUCUGCUAGAUAUUGGGGACAAUGUGACAAUUGAUGAAUGCACUUGCAGACCAUUUGCAGUCGGUUGGAAUACUUCCAUGAUGCUGCAACCGAUCAAACUUGGCCGGAACUCAAGUAUUGGUCUCAAGGCGGUUAUUGCUCCGGGAACUGUGUUGGCUCCAGACACCUGCAUUGGGCCUAAUUCAUCCAGCUGGGAAAUAGAGGAUGCAAAUGAGGCAAACCGUGAUCUUUCCUCCAGCAAAAUACCCCCACCGCAUUGGCUACUAAAAAUUUUGUUAGUAGAGCCUACCGUGCUUCUAAUCCACGCAGCAUCGGCGCUUCCAUGGAUGGCAGGCCUCACAGGCAUGGUUCUACAAAAGCCUAGGGUGACUGGAGACCUCUUUCGGGAAAUUACAAUUUGGUUCACUACACCCGUACGGAUCGGAUAUCAUUACUUAGCUCGCGCUGUGGGUGUUUCCUUGGGCCCAGUAGUGUUUCUUUUUUUGGUUGUUCUCGUUAAAAGGAUGUUAGAUGCUUUCUGUGGCACCCAGGAAACUACUACGAAGCGAAGCCAACUAAAAAAAGUCCAGUUUUCCUUGAUGGAGAAACUCGCUCCAAGUCCAAAACCACUAUCUGACCUCUUUGGAUCUCACUACGAGAUCACAUCUGUUGUCGUUAGAUUACUAGGUGGCCGUGCUGGAUCCCGAAUAUAUUGGCCUGGAGUUGGCCCAACGAUUCAAGACUAUAGCCUUGUUAGCAUCGGCGACGAUGUCGUGUUUGGUUCGCGGUCUCACAUCAUGACAUCAGACGGUAUAGGGAGCGAGCCUGUUGUGAUCGGUGACGGUGUCAUGGUCGCAGAUCGUACGGUUAUUUUACCUGGGACAAAAGUUGGUAGGAGUGCAAUCCUCGGAACUGGAGCGUUAACCCGACGGAAUGGCGUCUACCCACCAGAUAGCGUAUGGGUUGGUAGCAAGACUGGAGAAGCUGUUUGCUUGACAACCGGAGCCCAGGAAAGCCCUUCAGAACUGCGAAAACAGCCCACGGACUCUCAGAGCUCGUUGAGCUCAAACUCACUUACCCUUCAAGACGGUAGUAGUUUGGAUACAAGAAUAGAAGGCAACACAGAGGAUUCGAAGUCUGACAUUCCCGCAUCAACAAUAACACCAUACGGAAAAGCUCUUUAUCAGAAAGGUGCUUCAUAUUAUGUUUUCGGGAUGUUCAGCAUCUUCAUAUACUCUACGUUUAUCACCGUAUUCACUAGUGUAUACUGGAACAGUGCAAGCAUUGUUAACGUGAAAAUCAUUUCAGAGCUACUAAAAAUCUCGUUACCCGUGUUUCAGCCUAGUUGGUACCGGCCAUUCCUUAUAUAUGCUAUUAUGGUUGGAAAUAUUGCAGUAACAAUGGCUAUCCAGGUCGUUCUAGCUCUCGCUAUCGUCAUCGCAGCAAAAUGGAUUGUGAUAGGCCGUCGAACCCCUGGACAAUAUGACUGGGACAAGAGCAGCUACUGCCAGCGCUGGCAACUCUUCCUCACCAUCGAGAAACUGCGAGCAAGCUGCUACGCCAAUAUCGGGAUUGUGAAACUGUUCGCUGGCACACAUUUCCUUGUGCUCUAUUUCCGGUUCCUAGGUGCUAAAAUUGGCAAAGACUGUGCACUAUUUGCCGGAGGCGAACCCAGUGUGCUCUUUACGGAACCUGACCUUUUAACGCUAGGCGAUCGCGUUGCGGUGGAUGAUGCAAGUUUGGUAUGCCACCUAAACACACGCGGAAAGUUCUCGCUUCAUGCAAUGACUGUGGGCAGCCGAAGUGUGUUGAGAACAGGCUCGCGAUUGCUGGCAGGGGCAGAGAUGGAGGAGGAUGGAUGUUUGUUGGAGCAUACGUUGAUAAUGUCUGGAGAUGUCGUUAUGCAAGGGGAGGUUUACCAGGGAUGGCCAGCGAAUCUGUUCCAGGAGCAGCAAUGGAAAAAGCUAGGAUAA